AUGCACUCGUUUUACCCGGGACACUAUUGGCCCACUUCAGGCCUGGAUGUAAACAACAUCGACGACGAUUACGCACAGGAGCCAGAGCGAGUCCGUCACGAGGCUGCCCACAGGCCGUGCUCGGACACCCAGCGCCGCCGGAAGCGCACGACUUUCAGCAAGGCGCAGGUGAGCGAGCUGGAGAGGGCCUUCUCCGUCACACACUACCCGGACAUCAGAAUGAAGGAGUCCCUCGCCUCUGUCACUGGACUACCAGAGUCCAAAAUCCAGGUCUGGUUUCAAAAUAGACGCGCACGCUAUUUCAAGAGCAAGAAGCCAUCCAGAGAGGCCCCCACGGGCACCACCGGACCGGGAACCUUCCGUCCCCACUUCACGCACAUCCCGGCCCCCAACACAUCGCUGCCUCCUGCUUUCUCCCCCACACCGAGCCUCCCGUCUCCAGGGUACCAUGCUCAAAGUUUACCGAGCCUCCCGUCUCCUCCAGGGUACCCUGCUCAAAGUGUACCCAGCCUCCCGUCUCCUCCAGGGUACCCUGCUCAAAGUGUACCCAGCCUCCCGUCUCCUCCAGGGUACCCUGCUCAAAGUGUACCCAGCCUCCCGUCUCCUCCAGGGUACCAUGCUCAAAGUGUACCCAGCCUCCCGUCUCCUCCAGGGUACCCUGCUCCAAGUCUACCCCAGUCCACCCGGCUCUCCACCAUCCUGGGGAGUCAGGCCAUGUCCCUGCGCGGCCCCACAUCUCCCGUCGCCGCGGACCAAGUUCCUCAGGACCAUUACUACCAGACCCCGGACUUCACAGACUCCAGCCUCUUCGCGUUCCCACACGGUGGUGUCGCUGAGUGGGACUUCACCGAGGAGGCUUUUCCUGGAGGGGCACAGGGCUCCCAGCCCGCGGGCAGCCGCUGCGGUGCAGCCGCUCAUCCACGACCCAGGCACAGCGUCCAGAGUCAGCGGCUCCAGCACCGCCGGAGCUCCUGCAGCACCGAGCAGUCCCCGGACGACCUGUCCGACCUGUGCCUCCAGGACCUGGGCGACUUCAAUCUGUCCGAUCUGGAGAUUUCUGCAGCAAUGAUCGAUUAUCUCCUGGGGUGA